GCUGGCUGUGAGAGGUACAGAGCGUCAGAUUAGAUCCUCCAGAUCAGAUUUGCCCUUGAAACCAUGAGCGGCAUCGGCUUCGAGUCCUACUAUGCGCCCACGUACAAGCGCUGGUACGUGGAGAGCGCCCCGCCGCGGGUGGCGACACGGACCAGGUCACGCACCGUGUACUCCAGCCAGGCGUCUCCGUAUUCCUCGGCUCGGCUGCAUUACGGCUCCCCCGGUCACGUCUCUUCGCCCUCCUCGAUGCUUUUCAGCAGCGCCGCCCACCCCAUGGAGCUGGACCUGAGUCAGGCGGCGCAGGUGAGCUCUGACCUGCGAGCGGUGCGCACUCAGGAGAAAGCUCAGCUGCAGGAUCUUAACGAUCGCUUCGCCGGCUUCAUCGAGCGCGUGCAUGAGCUGGAGCAGCAGAAUCGGGCUCUAGAGUCCGAGCUCCUGCUGCUGAGGCAGAGGCACAGCGAGCCCUCCUGCCUGAGGGCCCUGUACGAGCAAGAAGCUCGGGCUCUGAGCGCCGCCGUGGACGAGGCGCACCAGGAGAAGCAGGCCGCCCUGAACCGCAGGAACCACCUGGAGGAGACUCUCCGGGCCCUGCAGAGGCAGUACGACGAGGAGGCUGUGGAGCGUGAGAACGCUGAGGCCAGGCUCAUGGAUGCUCGCAAGGAGGCGGACGAGCGCGCCGUGGCUCAGAUGGAGCUGGAGAAGAAGGUGGGCGUCCUGCUGGACGAGCUGGCUUUCCUUAAGAAGAUCCACGAGGGCGAGAUCUCCGAGCUUCAGGCGCAGCUCCAGUACAGCACUCAGAUCGUGGUGGAGACCGAGGCCGCCAAACCCGACCUCUCCAGCGCCCUGCGAGACAUCCGGUCUCAGUACGAGAGGCUGGCGGCGAGGAACAUGCAGGCCGCCGAGGACUGGUUCCGCGGGAAGAUGGGGCAUCUGACGGAGACCGUGGCCCACCACACAGACGCCGUGAGGACCACGAAAGACGAAGCGGGCGAGUACCGGCGCCAGCUACAAGCACGGGUUCUGGAGAUCGACGCCUGCAAGGGUCUGAAUGAUUCGCUGGAGAAGCAGCUGAGAGAUGUGGAGGAGAAACAGAGCGGCGAGAUCACGGUCAUGCAGGACACAAUCAACGACCUUGAAAGCGAGCUACGGGCCACUAAAGGUGAGAUGGCCAGGUAUCUUAAGGAUUACCAGGACCUCCUGAAUGUCAAAAUGGCCCUCGAUAUCGAAAUAGCUGCAUACAGGAAGCUCCUGGAAGGCGAGGAGUCACGUCUGAGCGCGGGCAUGGCGGGCAGUCUGGCGAGCUCCUACCCAAUGGCACCUUCCUACUCGCGAUCGGUGUACUCGGUCCAGUCCAGCAUGACCUCCGCCGCCCCCUUCCUGCUCAGCUCUCGCAUGGUGAGCUCCACGCUCUCCGCAGAACCCCCGAAGGACGAGGAGGAGGAGGAGGAGGAGGAGGAAGCUGAAGAGGAAGAGAAGGAGGAGGAGGAAGAAGAGAAGGAGGAGGAGGAGAAGGAGGAAGAGGAGGAGGAGGAGAAAGAGAAAGAAGAAGGACAGGAAGACGCAGAGGAGGAGAAAGAAGAAGGUGAGGAGGAAGCCACAGACGCCGGAGAUGCCGCAGAAGCCGUGGACGCAGAGGAGGAGGAAAAGGAAGGAGGAGAGGAGGAAGAGGAGGCUAAAGAGGAAGAGGAGGCUAAAGAGGAAGAGGAAGGAGAAGAGGAAGGUGGGGAGGAGGAGGGACAGGAAGACGGAGGCGAGCAAGGUGAAGGGAAAGGUGACGACGAGGCAGAUAAGAAAGAAGCCGAACCAGAACCAGAACCUGCCAAGGAAAAAGCCAAAGAGGAACCAAAACCCAAAGAGAAAGCAGAACCAGAGAAGCCCAAAUCGAAAGACGAGGGCGAGAAGGGCAAAGCCGAGGCCAAGGAGAGUCCGAAACCCGAGCAGAAAGAUGAAACCAAAGCCAAGAAGUAAAGACGACGACGACGUGAGGAGAGAAAACGCCGCUCGAGUUUCGCUCCGGUUCUCAGGUGAAGGUGCUAAACGCAAAACGCUAAAGAUUUUAGUUCCCGAAUCCCAGAUUCAGCUAAACGAGCUUCGUGAGGUUCACAGUGAUGAUGUGAUGAGCAAUGAGGGGUUAAAUGUGAUGAAAAUGUUCAGGUGAAAUUUAUCUGCAAGCGCAAUAAAAAGCACGCUGAAACUGCACUAAG